UAGUUGCAACAAACCGAUGAAUUUUUCUUUAUUGGGUGUCGACUUACCGAAUGAUGUUUAAGCAGUGCAGGUUGGAAGCAGUUUCCUUAGAUCUUUAUCAGUGAAUUAUUGGCUGCUGUUGGGAUGAAUUAAUGAUUAAUAAACACAUAUAUGGAUAACAUAUAUAUGUUGAAUAUAUAAAGAGUGAUGUCUGUGCUGAGAUUGAAAUUUCAUUCGUCUUUCGUUGACAGGAAGAGGUAAAAAUUUAGUAAAUCAGCUCUUGUCAUGUUAGCCGAAGGGUUCCUCACUGGGAUUGGUUACAGCCAUCACCAAAGGGAAUGUGUCCACCAGGAUAACAAUGUAAACUCCAAAAGAAUCCCUAAAACCAGGAAUGACUCUUGGGAAGUGCUUUUCAGUUUGUCAGAAUUCUCGGAAAGUAUUGAUCAUGAGCAGUCUAACGCAGAAGAAAGACUGGACAGCACCGUUUGUGAGAAGGGACAAUCUCUGCCGUGCCAAAGUGGAGGGCAAGCAACAGACAUAGACACCAGAAUGCCUGUGUUUGAAAGAAAGAUCUCUGAUGUUUUAGACAUACCAAAGUCCACCAGGUGCAGCGAAAGCAAUUUGGAUUUGUACCAAUCAUGGUCUCCUACUUGUCAGAGUUACACAGAUUUACAGAUUGCAGGGGAUAAUGUAACACCCCGCAGUCCCAGCAGCAUGUGCUGCCUUAUGGUUCAUGGUUAUGAAAGUUGCAACCGGCCCUUACUUCAGCUUGAGAACCAAUCCGGGUGGCCGUCUAUACCUGGCUCUGGGUUUGAAGCCUGGCCACGUUCUGGAACAGAAACGAACUUGAACAGUGACAGAAGCAUUGCCCUUCUGAAAGAGCCACUGUCCAAUUCCGUGCUCAACAGAUACAUGGAGCAAAAGAUGACAGAAUUGUAUAAGCAGUACCUUGAGGACAACAUGAUCAAGUGUGCAUCUCCAACAAAAAUAAUGGGCUCUCACUUCCUGAUGACCAACAUCGAUCAAAUUAGUCUGCAGAUUUCCCAUGACAAUAAUAUGGAGCCCACAAAAGCUAAGGAUAUUGUUCUAAACUGUCUUCUUAGUGUUGCAUGUGCAACUAAUUCAUCUGAUAUCUGCACUCCUAACUUGCAGAUUUCAAGCCAGUAAACUGAUAAGUCAGCCCUAUCAUUUUAAAGAAGCUUAUCACCAGAAUUACGAUGCGGAUGAUGUUUUUUAGAGCUAUUUGUGAAAUUUGUCCAGUAUCUGAAAUUAACAUGAAUGGAAUGUUGUCUAAAACUGUAUGGUGACAUUCAGCAAUGCCAUUAAGUAAUAUCAUGAGGCUUUAACGCAAUACCAUUUCAACAGAAACUUGCCUUCUGUCUCUAAGGUGGAUCCAGAAUAAACUGUUCAACCUGGCAA